AUGGAGUGGACGACGAUUGAAUCCGACCCGGCCGUGUUCACCUCCCUCGUCGAACAAAUCGGCGUCAAAGGCGUCCAAGUGGAAGAACUUUGGGACCUCUCGAAUCUCGAAUCGCUCAACCGCCGCUUCCACUUGCACGGAUUAAUCUUCUUGUUCAAAUACAGAACGGAUAUAGACGCGACGAGCGCGUUAGCGGUGGAAAACGUGGACGCGCCGGAGAGUUUAUUUUUCGCGAGUCAAGUGAUUACGAACGCGUGCGCGACGCAAGCGAUUUUAGGGGUGUUGUUGAACGUGGAAACGUUCGGGAACGAAGACGGAGGAAGCAAAGACGCGGAAGGAAAAGAACGAGAGCAAACAAUCGGUGAGACGCUCACAGAGCUUAAACAGUUCACCGCAGAUUUUCCACCGGAGUUGAAAGGGUUGGCGUUAUCGAACAGCGAGAAGAUUCGAGCGGCGCACAACGCGUUCGCGAGACCGGAGCCGAUUGUAGACGAAGGGAAGCGAGCGGCGAAGAACGGCGACGAGGUGUACCAUUUCGUCGCAUUUGUUCAUCACGGUGGACGCAUGUGGGAAUUAGACGGUCUGAAACCGAAACCAGUGGCGUACGGAGAAUGUUCGAAGGAAAAUUGGCACGAAGUAGCGGUUCCAGCGAUUGAAGAGCGCAUACAGAAAUACGCCUCGGAUGAGAUUAGCUUCAACUUGUUGGCAGUAACGAACGAGAAGGAGAGCGUGUUUAGACGAGAGUUACGAGAGGCCGCUGAACGUGGAGAUAACGAGAGUAUCGUGAAGUUGACGGACGAGAUUGAAGAUGAAAUGAAACGGAAGGAAAUUUGGAGAGACGAGAACAUUAGGAGGAAACACAAUUACAUCCCCUUUAUUUUUGAAAUGUUGAAGUGUUUGGCCGAAAAGGGUGGGUUGGAACAGAGCGCUUAG